ACAAAGUUUGAGUGGAAGAAGACUGUCUGCAGGACCGCAAACCUUAGGGUCUCAUUACUGUAGGAGAUGUUUCAAAAAAAACUUUCCUGAGAAGACGCCACCAGAAUUUUAUUAACUCAGUCGCAAUUUAGAAUUUUAUCCUUGAUCGCUGCGUUCUAAGAGAAUUCUGAAGAACAAACGAAGGGCUUUGUAUAGAGGUUCCUUUCUUGUUGCUCUUUCUCGUGGUUCUGUGGUGCCUCCCUUGGGGGGACCGUUCGGUCUCUUUGGAUGAACACGACCAAGUCGUUUUUUUUUAAAAUACCUGGCGUGGUCUGCAUUUAACUAACGAGUGAUGUACAAAACUAGGAUAAAGUCGACACUUUUUGGAAAGAACUUCGUGCUACUUCUGUUCAUGUGCUGCCCGCUUUUCGGAGAGAUUUCAACAGAUGAAGCUCAUCAGUCUGAUCCACUUGGCUCCAUUGGACCUGGAGGAGACCAGCACAGUCCUUUGCCAACAGCUAAAGGUUAUUUUCUGACCUUUCUGGCACCUGUGAACAAUAUCACUAUAGUACAAGGACAGACAGCGACUCUGUACUGCAAAGUUGCAGGCAAUCCACUUCCAAACAUAAGAUGGCUGAAAAAUGAUGCACCGGUUUUUCAAGAAGCAAGACGGAUCACAAUAAGAAAAACAGAAUACGGUUCUCGACUUCGAAUUCAAGACCUGGAUACGACAGACACGGGGUACUACCAGUGUGUCGCAUCUAAUGGCAAUAAAACCAUUACAGCUACUGGGGUGCUAUAUGUGAAACUUGGUCAGUCUCCAACUCACAGUCCACAUUACAGCUCACAUGAUGAAGACACUGAAGAUGGAUUCUGUCAACCGUACAGGGGGAUUGCAUGUGCUCGAUUCAUUGGAAACCAAAGCAUUUAUGUGGAUUCCCUCCAGAUGCAGGGAGAAAUUGAAAAUCGAAUUACUGCUGCAUUUACUAUGAUUGGUACUUCCACCCAUCUCUCGGAUCAAUGUUCGCAAUUUGCCAUUCCAUCUUUCUGUCACUUUGUGUUCCCUCUCUGUGAUGAUAAUUCCCGUAAUCCCAAACCACGGGAAUUAUGCCGAGAUGAGUGUGAAGUUCUGGAAAACGAUCUGUGUAGAACAGAAUACGUCAUUGCAAGGUCAAACCCACUCAUUCUUAUGCAGCUUCAGUUGCCAAACUGUGAGGAUCUGCCACUGCCGGAAAGCCCCGAGGCAGCAAGCUGCAUGAGAAUCGGAAUUCCUGUGGAUAGGAUUAACAGAUUUGGCCAUACAGAUCAUAAAUGCUACAAUGGCAGUGGAGCAGAUUACAGAGGAAUUGUCAGCGUGACAAAAUCAGGAUAUAAGUGCCAGUCGUGGAAUUCCCAAUAUCCUCACACUCAUCAGUUCAGCAGCUUGGAAUAUCCAGAACUUGGAGGUGGCCACGCUUACUGUCGCAAUCCAGGUGGACAAAUGGACGGACCGUGGUGCUACACACAGAGCGAUGCUCGCCUUGAACUCUGUGAUAUUCCUGCCUGCCAUCCACGUGAAAAUAGCAAAAUGGAGAUCCUCUACAUACUUGUCCCCAGCAUUGCCAUUCCACUGGUCAUUGCUUUGUUAUUUUUCCUAAUAUGUAUGUGUCGAAACAAACACAAAGCAUCUACACCUUCUCCACAGCGGCGCCAGCUGAUGGCAUCGCCCAGUCAGGACAUGGAGAUGCCACUCAUCAGCCCUCACAAACAGGGGAAAUUGAAAGAUAUCUGUCUAUCUGCAGUGCGAUUCAUGGAAGAACUUGGAGAGGAUCGAUUUGGGAAAGUGUACAAGGGACAUCUGUACAGCACAGGCCCUGGUGAACAAGCACAAGUUAUAGCUAUUAAAACCAUGAAGGACAAAACCGAAGUGUCACUCAGAGAAGAAUUCAAACAUGAAGCUUUGAUGCGAUCUCGGCUGCAGCAUCCAAAUAUUGUUUGUCUGCUUGGCAUAGUAACCAAAGAGCAACCCAUGAGCAUGAUCUUUAGUUACCCUUCCCAGAGUGACCUCCAUGAAUUCCUAGUAAUGCGGUCACCACAUUCAGAUGUUGGAAGUAGCGAUGAUGAUAGGACAGUGAAGUCUGCCCUGGAGCCAGCUGACUUUCUGCACAUUGUGACUCAGAUAGCAGCAGGCAUGGAAUACCUAUCCGGCCACCAUGUCGUGCACAAGGAUUUGGCCACUAGGAAUGUCUUGGUCUGUGAUAAGCUCCAUGUAAAAAUAUCCGAUUUGGGCAUUUUCAGAGAGGUUUACUCCGCAGAUUACUACAAGUUGAUGGGAAAUUCACUUCUACCGAUUCGCUGGAUGCCACCUGAAGCUAUCGUAUAUGGCAAAUUUUCUGUUGAUUCUGACGUAUGGUCUUUUGGGGUAGUGGCAUGGGAAAUAUUUGGCUACGGCCUGCAACCAUAUUGUGGGUAUUCCAAUCAAGACGUCAUAGAAAUGAUAAGAAAUCGUCAUGUGUUGCCCUGUCCAGAUGACUGCCCAGCCUGGGUAUACAGUCUGAUGCUGGAGUGUUGGAAUGAAUUUCCAUCAAGAAGGCCACGGUUUAAAGACAUCCACACAAGACUCCGAACGUGGGAAAAUCUGUCCAACUAUAACAGCUCAGCUCCUCCUUCUGGGGGCAGCAAUGCCACACAGACUAGCUCCCUCAGCACUAGUCCAGUCAGUAAUGUUAGUAAUGCAAGAUAUGUGGGACCAAAGCAAAAAACACAUUUUCCACCACCUCAAUUCAUACCUGUAAAAGGACAGAUACGGCCGAUGGUUCCACCACCUCAAUUGUACAUUCCAGUAAAUGGCUACCAGCCAAUGCCAACCUAUGGUGCCUAUUUGCCAAAUUAUUACCCAAUGCAAAUCCAGAUGCAGAUGCCUCAGCAGUUACCCCCACAAAUAGUACCAAAGACGGGUUCCCAUAACAGUGGAAGUGGCUCCACAAGCACGGGUUAUGUAACAACAGCGCCCUCAAAUGCAUCCGGUACAGAUCGCAUUGCUUUGAUCCCCGACCAGUCAAAUGGCACAGAAGAUGAGCCAAAUGAACCCACUGUUGUAGAUGAAGUACCUGCGUCUGAGAAUCUCCAAGAUGAUGAAAUGUUGGUACCAGAAACUGAAUUACUCGGUGAUGCUGACAUACCACAAACAGCUGAUGCGGAAGUGGAUACAGAAGCAUGAACUAUUUUUUCCAGAAAACGAUGAGGCCACAAUCAUUACUAACACAUUAGUGAUAAUAAAAAAGAAUGUGAAAUAGCAAAAGUAUUAAACCUAUUAUUUUUCUUUAAAAAGAACAUCUCGGUUCAUUAAUGACACAGGUUCAAUCUAUCUGUGCCCUGUCUUUUUGUAUUAGGCUGCCCUCAAAUUUGUCAUUUGCAGCUGGCACAGUAAGAAAGCCCUGAUCAUUGCAAUUUAUAUUCACUGUUCAGUGGAAUGCAUGCAUCCGCAAAGGCAGAUUUGAACCGAAGAGUGUUCUGGAGGUGCGUGACUCGACUGAAUAAGCAGUUUCGAUUUUCUACUGUUGCUGUGCAACUUUACAUUGUCGAGCAAUACCUCAUAUUUAUAUAACACAAUAACCUAUAUGCUGACACAUUGAACUGUAUUAAACACACUUUAUGAAGUAAAAGCUGAUGCAUGGGGAAAACUAGCAACAACUAUCCUCCAAUUUUCAAUGGAGGUACUUUCAUUGUACAUAUUUGUACACUUGAAUGGUGUUAUUCAUAGUCAUUUUAUAAACAUUUUAGUAGAAUGCAAAGAAAGGACAUUCUGAUAACUCCAACAGUAUUGUCAACCCAUACCAGCAGUCUUCUGGCUCCCAGCAGUCAAUCAAUUCAUAACUGAAGUGAUGCAGGCUGGGCUGUAAAUAACCUGAAGAAAUGUACAUGGAAAAAAAGGAGAAUGAAUGAGGAUUCCAAAAUAUCCUACCAUUUUACGAAAGAGAACUGGUGUACAGGUAGCUACUGUGUGGCAUCCAACAGCAACACUGAGAAGGAGCAGAUAUGAUAAACCAAACUACAUUAUUAUUGUUUCAUAUUAACCACCAAAUGACUGUUUAACUGCCUUGUUCUAUAUUUUACAUGUAAAAUGUCAAUUAAUUGAUUAAAAGUUUCCACUUUUCCACAUUAAGUGAAAUAUUCUUUGUAAAUACAAAAAACAUGAAUACUCACUUUUUAACAAAAAUCCUAUUAUUUCUUAAACUGACAUUCUAUUAAAACUAUUUUGCAUAUUGGGUCCAUUCUUUCCUUUUGUUACCUUUUUAAAAGAAAUAUGCUGUACAGAAAAAGACCUUUGCAUUUUAAUAACCUCAAGGCUUUAAUUGUAAUUUAUGUUUCAUGACGUUUUUUGACAUAUACCUGCAAUGAAACAAAAGUUUGAUUUUAUAAUUUAACUGGAAACUUACUAAGUAAAUACUUAUUCCACUUAGUUUGAUUUCCUCUUUAUUGAAUGACCUUUAAAUUUCCUGUUUAGUUUAUAUGGAGGUUAUUGCUAAACACACCAGAAGAUUUGCAUUACUGUAAUGAGCGCACUGUUUAUAUAUUUUGUAAACCAAACCACAUAGCAUUUCAAAUAAAGUGAUUAAACAUCA